AUGGCCAAGACGAAGUCCAGAGGUAGAAGAGUCGAAAAGAGUGCUGAUAAGCUUGAAAAGAAGGCUCAGUCUCUUUUCGAAGAUACCAAGUCCACUGGCGAAGAAGGCGGAGAUGACAGUAACGAAAUCGAUGCCUCAUUGAAAAGUCCAUUUUUCGGUUUAGUAGAUUCCAACGAAUUGGACUACUUCAAACAAGCAGAGUCAACAUUGAACGUAAAUGCGUUUGAUAGUGACGAAGAUCGUGAAGGGUUCAUUAGAUCUGUUUUGGAAGAAGCCAGAGGAAAGGAAUUGAAAUUGGUCACCAACCAGAUCUGUUCCAAGUUGAUGGAAAGAUUGAUUUUGUUUGCUAGCGAUAGACAAUUGAAAAACAUAUUUGGCCAGUUUUCGGGACAUUUUGUAGCAUUGGCCCAUCAUAAAUACUCUUCCCAUGUAUUGGAAACUUUGUUGGUGAGAUCUGCUGCCUUGAUCGAAAAGGAGUUGAUCCAUGAUGACAGCAGUCAAAAUGAAGAGGAACGGGAAGAACAGGAAGAAGGAGAAGUGACAGAUCCUAUGGAAGGUUUGUUCAUCAAGAUGGUUGACGAAUUCAAGCCUCAUUUGCAAGGAAUGUUGGAACACCAAUACUCAUCGCAUGUUCUCCGUUUGCUUAUCUUGAUUUUGGCAGGUAAGGAAUUACCUUCUACAACUACUUCCAACUCUACCUUGAGAUCGAAAAAGUCCAAGAUCGCCAGAAAAAUGAUUGAAAUAAAAGAUAACCAAGACUUCAACAAGUCAUUCCAGACACCAUCCUCGUUCAAGAUUCAACUAAGAGAACUCUGUAAUUCCGUAAGCAACAACCAAAAUAGCAAACGUAUGAGAGAACUUGCUAUACACAAGAUCGCAUCUCCAGUUUUGCAAUUACUUAUUCAAGUUGAAGGCUUGGUUGAUAGAGAUAGAACCUUCUGGCACUUGAUAUUCUUAAAGGAUUCGGAAGACAAGAACUCUCAAGAAGAAGCCUUCGUGGAAUACUUGUUGUCUGACUCUGUUGGUUCUCAUUUCUUGGAAGCAACUAUCAAGAAUGACGGUGCCAGAAUCAAAUACAUUGAAAGAUUAUACAAGUUAUACAUGGAGGAUAGAAUCUUAAAGUUAGCAAAGAGAUCGACUACCGGUGUUUAUAUCAUCCAAGCCUUGUUGUUCAAGUUGAAACCAGUGGACGUUGAACACAUUCUUGAUGAAAUCAUUCCCGAGUUGUCCAAUUUGAUUUCCAUUUCCGAGAACCAAAACUUAGACUUAGGUCAGAGAUUAAUAGAUGCGUCCAUCUCCAGAGGUAACUACAGAAGAGAUGAGAUCAUCGAGCAAUUGUUCUUGAAGUUUGCUCCUAACUACAAUGUCCAAGAUCCACAACUCAAAACCACCUCCGAGUUCAUCGAAAACGUCUUGCAAUUGACAGGCUCAACUUUGGGGAAUACUCGUGACGACUGGCCAACGGCAGAAGAAAGAAGAAGAUCAUUUUUCUUGGAAAAGUUGAUGGAAUACGACUACAAGUUCGUGAUAUGUGUGUGGUAUAACUUCUUGGCUUUGCCAGUAGAAAGAUUCAUCCAGAUGUGUUUCCACGGCGUUUUUUCUCAUAUUGUAGAACGUGCUUUAGUGGUUAUACCAUCUUCUGAAGGUGAACCAAAGCCCGUUUUGAUUCUCAGAAAGAGGGUUUUGAAUCUUUUUAAAGAUCAAAUUGUCAACAUGUCGUGCAACUCUUACGGAUCCCACAUCGUUGAUGCAUUGUGGAACUUUUCUGUGUUGUUACCUAUGUAUAAGGAUAGAAUUGGCACGGAAUUGCAGGGAGACUCGCAUAAGGUCAAGGAAAGUACCUACGGUAGAUUGGUGUGGAAGAACUGGUCCAUGGAAUUGUUUGUUAGAAAGAAGUACGACUGGAAGUCGUUGAUCAAGCAACAAGAGCAGGCAUACUAUGGUGUGAAUGACGAAAAUGGAACCACUUCAAGAGUCAAAAAACCAAUUGAAUUGAAGAUGGAAAAAUUGGCUGAAGAAAGGAGGUUGCGUGAAGAAGCCGCAGCUAAGUCUGAAAGUGGCUACAAGAGACGACACGAAGAUGAUAACGAGGAUGACUACGCUAAAAAACAGAAGCUUAGAGGUCGUAGAAGAUAG